AUUCCGCUUCUCCAGGCACACUCUCUGCUCGUCGUGAAGGCAGCCAUGGCCAAAUAAGUAGAAACGACACUUUAGAGGUUUUAUUGUUUCGAGAAGGAAGAUGCAGAACGUCAUCAACUCGGUGAAAGGCACCGCGCUGGGAGUGGCGGAGUUCCUCACCCCGGUGCUGAAGGAGUCGAAAUUCAAAGAGACCGGAGUCAUCACCCCAGAGGAGUUCGUUGCAGCUGGAGAUCACUUGGUUCACCAUUGCCCCACAUGGAAGUGGGCCGCAGGAGAAGAGGUGAAGGUGAAGCCGUAUUUGCCGCAGGACAAACAGUUUCUCCUGACACGCAAUGUUCCCUGUUACAAGCGCUGUAAACAGAUGGAGUAUUCAGACGAGCUGGAGGCCAUCAUAGAGGAGGAUGAUGGAGACGGAGGAUGGGUGGACACUUACCACAACCACGGUUUGUUAGGAGUCACAGAAGCUGUACGAGAAAUUUCAUUGGAUAAUAAUAAGGACAACAACAUGAACGCCAAGUCUGCAGCACGCGGCGUUGCUAAUGACGACGAUGACGACGAUGAGGAUGGAGGAGAAGCAGCAGACAUGGAAGAAUACGAGGAAAGCGGCCUGUUGGAAACCGAUGAGGCGACCUUGGACACCAGCAAAAUGGUCGAAACAAAACCCAAAGCAGACCCUGGGAAUGAAGACGACAUCCUUCAGACUAGAACAUAUGACCUGUACAUCACAUACGACAAAUACUACCAGACCCCUCGACUCUGGCUGUUUGGAUAUGAUGAAGACAGGCAACCGCUGAGUGUGGACCAGAUGUACGAGGAUAUCAGCCAGGAUCACGUGAAGAAGACGGUCACCAUCGAGAACCACCCACACCUUCCUCCACCUGCCAUGUGCUCCGUCCACCCCUGCAGACAUGCUGAAGUGAUGAAAAAGAUCAUCGAGACAGUGGCAGAAGGCGGAGGAGAGCUCGGCGUGCACAUGUAUCUUCUGAUUUUCCUCAAAUUCGUUCAGGCUGUCAUUCCCACAAUAGAAUAUGACUACACGAGACACUUCACCAUGUAGCUUCAUCCGGGUCCCGCUUCAUCCAUUUAAACAUCUUGUACAUGGGGGGAAAAGAUGGGAGAUUGUGUAUGUGGUCUGCUCAGGUUGCUGCUGGUGCGUGGUGUGUUUGUGUUACUCUGAGAGACUUUGUGUGGGCGCAGGACACCGGGAAUGUUCAAGGCAUGUUUCUGUUAAAGGAACAAUCUGACGUUUUCGGGACACAGCCUUGUUUUCCAUUAAAACAAGUCAGCGAAGGAGAUUAAUAUACCAGUAUGUGUCCAGUACAGAGAUGGAUUUGUCUAAACAGUUUCAUGUUGUAUCUUUCUAUUUAACGUACUUAAAAAAAUUAAAAAAUCAACAAAUGUGGAUAUAUUUGUUUCGAGUUCUUACUUUGUGUUCUUCACUUUUGGUUACAAAGCUGACUAGACUAACCACAUCCUGACUCUGCUUUGAGACUCCAGACAAGGCUGUGUCCUGAAAGCCGGAUUGUUCCUCUGAUAUUUCUCUGCAGGUUUAAUGUUGUGAUCACCACAACAAGAUCGUGUUAAGAAGAUUACAAAACUCACCCCAUUCCGCACUUAUACUUCCUUCAUAAAACGAAUGAGCCCUGGUUGUUCAAAGUGUCCAUCCCUUGAGUUUACUUUCGCUGAGCAAUGUGAGCAUUAACUUUGCUGCAUCCAAAUGAUGAAUGUAAGUCCAGUACCCCUUUUGCUUUUAGCUCUGCGUUGGGUCUCCACCGCCUCCUGAAGGAAUUGUCUGCUGCCUGGAAGGUGGUGGACACUGGCUGUUAAAGAGAAUUUCCCCAAAAGAUGCUGCUGUCAGAUAAAUAUAUAUAUUGUAUUGGACAGCAGCAUUGAUGAAAGAUUAUUGAUAUUUGUUCCCAUGCUUUACUGCAGUGAUUAUUAUUGCUUUCAUUGUUAUGCUCUCUGCAGGAUUUACGUCAUCAGCCCCUCUCAUGCCAGUUUGUCUUAAUUCUUCAUUCUCUGAAUGUGGCGACGGACGGUUUUCUCACCUCUGCAGCUUGUGUUGGAUCAACGAGACAUUUUUUUCAGCCCUGCUUGUACAAGUGUGAUGCAUCACCCAUGACUGUGUCUGUGUGAAGGUUGACCGUGACCUCGGAUGUGCUGCACUUUCACCAAACAACCAGAUUUGUCAGUGAACAGCCCUUCAAUGAAUUUCUUGGGCUGUGUCGUUCAUGAGAUUGUGGAUUAUAAUCUGCAUUUGGCUCAUUACGGUGACAUGUUUCUGACGGCACUUCCUCAACUAAAUACAAUAAUGAGCUUCAGUGAUUCCUGCUUUUAUUUCCUUGUCGCUUGGUGGGGUAGAAUACUCUCUGUACCCUCUGUUGCUCCAGUGUCCAGAUCUAACAAGCUCAGUGGUAACACAUUUUAAACUAAUGCACAUUUAUCAAUAAAGAGUUUCCCAAAUAUUGUAUACAGAA